AUGGCAAGAAUUUUGGAGAUAGAGUACAAACAAACUCAUGUUCCUCCUCCUCCUUUGCUUAAUUCAAGUACUAUUGGGGAUUACCAAGUGGAGAAUCCAAUCGGGAAGUGGAUGGUGAAAACCUAUGAGGACGAGCAUCAGUGUCAUCCAGUGGGGAUGUGUAAACAGAUCAAGAGUCCUGUGAUAGCUGAUCUAUUUUUAGAAGACAUUAGGCGUGAUCCAGAAAUGAGUGCUCCAGAAAUAAAAGAUGAAAUGAAGAGGAGGUACAAUAUCAUCAUCUCACCUCCACAGUCGCAAGUCGCUAGGAGAAUGAUCUUUGAUAAACUCCAAGCUGAAACGAAUGAGCAGUUUGCAAGACUAAGAGAUUACGAGCAUGAGAUAAAGAGGACAAAUAAAAACACAACUGUGGAGAUCAACACCAUCAGAAGAGAGGACGGAGAGGAAAUAUUUUCACAAAUCUACAUCUGUUUUGAAGCUCUAAAGAGGUCGUGGAAAGCCAACUGCAGACCCAUCAUCGGUUUAGAUGGUACGUUCCUAAAACAUUCUGUACAAGGGAUGAUUCUCACUGCGAUUGGAAGGGAUCCGAACAAUCAGAUAUAUCCUAUAGCUUGGGCAGUAGUUUCGGCUGAGAAUAAUGACAACUGGGAAUGGUUCGUUCACAAGUUGAAGCUUGACUUGGAUCUGGGUGAAGGUGAGAACAUUACAAUCAUAUCUGACAUGCAUAGAAGUUUGAUUCAUGGUGUUGGUACGGAGUUGCCAAAGGCUGAGCAUCGAGCAUGUGCUAGACACAUCUACGCUAAUCUGAAGAAACUGCACAAGUCUGACACUUUAAAGCCCCUGUUUUGGAGAGUUGCAAGCAGUUAUAACGGUGCUGAUUUCAAGGAGAAUCUAAAAUUUUUCAGAGAAUUUGAUCCAAAGGCAUGUGAUGAUCUGCUGAAGAAAGAUCAUCGUACGUGGUGCAGAGCUUUUUUUAGGAUUGGUUGUUGUUGUGCGGAUACUCACAACAAUCUGACAGAGUCUUUCAAUAGAACUUUGAAGAUUGCAAGGAAGAAGCCAUUUGUGCAGAUGCUUGAGCUCAUAAGAAGAGAUGCAAUGCAAAGAAUUGUAAAUAGGUACAAGAUAGCUUGCAAGGAGAUUGGAAGACACACAAAGAAAGCAAGAAAAGAGAUGGAGAAAUCGUGUGAAGAAGCUCAGCAUUGUUACUCUGUCUCAAGUACUGGUAGGAAAUAUGAGAUUGUUGAGGGGACCAAUGGCUAUUCAGUGCGUCUCAAUAGCCGCACUUGUGUAUGCAGGAAAUGGGACUUGACAGGUAUUCCUUGUCGCCAUGCUGUUUGUGCAAUCCUAGAGAACACUGGAUUAGUUGAGGACUACAUCUCAGACUUCUAUUUGACUGAUAAAUGGAAAGAGACUUACCGGAAAGGUCUGAAGCCGGUUAAUGGCCCUAAGUUUUGGGAAGAAGUUGGAGGAAAACGCAUUUUUGCACCACCUUACAAGCGACCACCGGGUAGACCGAAAGGUAAAGCGAGGAUCAAAGGUGUCCAUGAAUCACCUUCAAAAAAGAAAGUUGGUCGGAAAGGAAGAGAAGGACAUUGUGGGCUAUGUGGUGAGAAGGGACAUAACUCAAGAAAGUGUCCACGUGAGUCUGAGGAAGACAAGGCUAAGAGAAGGCGUCUUAAUGAGGAAGCUCAGUUGGAGGCACAAGUACAAGAUCAGAUACAAGAGGAAGCUAAUGACCAAGCACAAGAGGAAGCUGAGAUGGAAGCUGAUUUAAUGGCUCAAAUAGUUGAAGACCAACCAGAAUUUGAAGUUCAGGACAUUUCUUCUACUGCACCACAACCGACUCAAAAUGUUGGAAGUCUCAGUAUACUUUUGCAUAUUUUGGAUGUGCUAGACACAUGA